CCGAAAGUCAAGUCUACUAUCAAUUUUGAACCUAAAAGAUAGUUUGAAUCAAUAAGGGACCUAAAAGAUCGUAAACUAUCGAUACAGGACCCGGCAAUUUAACACCGUUAGUUUAUUACUAACGGAAUAAUGAUGUGGCGCCACACAUUAAAAAAAUAAUACUAGUAUUAUUUUUAAUUAUAUGAUGAGUCAGAAUUUAACUAGGUUAUUAAGCCGCAGCAAGCCAACGAUCUUAUUCUGCUACGCAGUAUCUUGAAGCACAACUGCACAAAAAUAGUUUCUUCCACGACUCUACGCACAGACAUUUGUUUCUUCACAAGCAAUUUUCUUGAUCUUCACAAUAUUCUGGGAAUUCUAUCCCACCAGGUUUGCAUCUCAUUUUUACAAACCUUUUUCACCAUGCCAUUAUUGUGCAAUUUGUAUCCUAUAAAAAGCUUAAAUUAUCAUCAUCACCAUCAAUCAUAUUAUUUUUAACCGUACUUGAAGUAUGCUCAUUAGUAUCUUCACACUAACUUUAAUACAAAAAAAAACAAAACGAACCCACAUAGAUAUAAACACCAUCUGCUUGUUUAAUAUUCUUUCUUCUUGAUACAAAAAAUAGACUUAAAAGAGAUAACAAUCACGCAACAUACAGAAUAACUAUGUACUCUGUUUUUCAACCUGAGAUACAGAUGUUACCAACUAUUUUAGUUUUAUAGUUUUCAAACAUAGUUUUAUCAUUAAAUAGUGUUGACUAUUGUAGUUUAACAUAUUUGUUUUUUAUAGGUUUUUUUAACAGAUGGAUUCAGGAAACAAUCCAUUAGAUGAAUGGAGUAUAGACGAGUACUAUAGUGUUGGUGAUGACAAUAACCAACCAAUAGGUUACUCACUCCCCACUAUUGAUACAGUUGGUGCUAAUUUGUCAAAUGAGACAAGUGACUUCUCUGAUUUGUCAGAGGCAAUUAUAAUACAUUCUUUGACGGAAUUGAAAAGCAUUCAUGAAUCUGAAUAUUCAACUAGUGGAGAUGAAAUAGAUUCUGCCCACAUCAAAUUGAGUCAAGGGGAGGAUCACUUUAAGUUGGAGCAAACAUUUGCAUCAAUUGAUGAUUUUUGUGAAGCUGUUAGAAGCUAUGGUGUCCGAAACAUGUUUAAUUUGUCCUUUGUGAAGAAUGAUAAAAUAAGGUGUCGAGUGAAAUGUAUGGGCAGGUAUCCAUGGCUUAUCUACUGUUCAAAAGUUGGAAAUUUAGAAACUUACAAGGUCAAAACAUUCAUCUCUAGUCAUAGUUGUCAAAAGGAAGGAGUGAAAGAAAAAUUUGCUAAUACUAAGUGGUUGGCAAAUAAGUUAAUUGAAGACUUUAGACGGCAUGCAAAAAUGACAGGUGAGGAAGUGAAAGUUCUUAUAUUUACUAAAUAUAAUGUCACAAUUAGUAUUGUGAAGGCUUAUAGAGUAAAAGCAUAUGCUCUGCAAUUACUUGAUGGCAAUGUUAAUCAACAGUAUUCGAGGUUACCGAAUUAUUGUGAGGAGUUAGUGAAAAGACCAAUCCUAGAUCUACUAUAGAAUUACUUUGCCUAGAAGAUGGUCAAAGUGGUCAGUCAAGAUUUGAUAGAAUAUAUAUAUAUAUAUAUGCAUAGAUGCUUGCAAAAAGGGGUUUCUGAGUGGUUGUCGACCACUAAUAGCAGUAGAUGGAUGCCAUUUGAGUGGAUACUAUCGUGGUCAAUUGCUUGCAGCAGUUAGUCUGGAUGGAAACAAUGGUUUAUUCAUAAUAGCUUAUGCAGUAGUAGCAUCCGAGACUAGAGAGACAUGGCAAUGGUUUUUAAACAACUUGUUGAGUGAUAUUUGACAAGAAUCUAUACGCGGAGAGAGAUGGACAUUCAUUUCUGACCAAGGAAAGGGUCUUGUGUCAGCCCUAGACUAAAUAUACCCUUCUACACAUCACUGUUUCUGUGUACGUCAUAUGUAUACAAACUUUCAGAAAAAAUGGAAAGACGAACAAGUUAGGUCACUUUUUUGGUUAGCUGCAAAAUCCACUAUGAUAUGUGACUUUGAAAAAUAUAUGAAUAAGAUGAAGAGCAAAGAUUAUGGUGCAUGGGAAUAUCUCUGUCAAAUAGGUGCUGAGAGAUGGAGUAGAGCACACUUCGAAAAUCAUGUCAAGUGUAAUGUGUUCUCAAGUAGCAUCAUUGAGUGCUUCAAUGGAGUUAUAAAGAAGUAUCGAGACAAUCAUGUUGAUAUACUUAUAGAUAACAUAAGGACUAAAGCAAUGAAGUUAAUGAAAAAGAAGAAGCGGAUUGAGAGCAGCAGUGGGUCAAUAUGCCCAGAGACAUUAAAGAAGUUGAAUACUUACAUUAUGGAAUCUACUAAAUGGGCAGCAAUUUCAUGUGGAGAAGUUAUAUUUGAGGUUACACUUAGACCUAAAAGGUUUGUUGUUCAUCUUCUCGAUAAUACAUGUACUUGUAGGCUAUGGGACUUGACAGGUGUUCCUUGUGUUCAUGCUUGUGCCGCUAGAAUUUCUAUGAAGAGAAGACCAGAAGAUUUUGUACACCAAUAUUUUACUCGUGAGUACUUUUUUAAGGCUUAUGAGUAUGAAAUAAAUCCGAUGGGCAGUACUAAUUUUUUCCCUAAAGCUGAUAAUGUGCUAAUACAACCACCAAUACUAAAAAGGCCGCCAGGGAGGCCAAAAAAGCAGAGACACAAAUCCUCACUAGAAGGGAGGGAUCCUCAUAAAGCUAAAAGAAAAUAUGGGGUGAUCAAGUGUGGUAAAUGUAGGCAGCUUGGGCAUAAUAAGAGAUCUUGUAAAGAGAAUGAGCAAGAAGUACCCUGACCAUGGUCCAGUUUCUCAACUUGCUAGUUUUGUCAAGACAAGAAUAGGAGCUAGAGAGAAGACAGAACACAACCUUGGGGAUAUGAUGCUUCAUUAUCAUAUUUAAUUCGUUUUCAUUGACACAGAGUGAAACUGUGAAUUAGAAGUUUUUAGACUGUUUUAUUUUUGUCUUUGUUUUGAUUAAAUGUAAUUUCAAUUAUAGAUGAAGUGUUUCAGAUUGUUAAAAACAUACAUGUUUGAAUUAUAUAGGCUCAUUCAUACUUAUCUUGGUUUAAAUUUUGUUUAUAUCAUAUGGAGAAAAUCACGUUAAAGGAUCUACCUUUCAAAGAUAAAUCUAAUUUUACAGCUCUAAGCAAAAUAUUUUACUAAAGGUAAUACGUUUCAAAUAACCACUUCAUUUGGUAAGGAUAAUGAAAGUUCACAAACUAAAUAAACUUCAAUGACUAAAUAAGGAAGUUCCUUUUUGUUUUGUAAUGAUAAAUAAGUGAAUUAGGGACUUAGGGUGUAGGUGCAUAUACUUCAAAUAUAGACGCAAUGACUUAAGUGUAUGAUAAUUAUAACUCAACCAUCUAUGAUCCCCCAGGUGUGGAUGAAAUGCAGGACUGAUUCCAGUAACUCCCUCAGUGAUGAUUAGUGUAUCAUUAUAGUAAUGAUGUUGGCAAUCUAGCUUGAAUUAUUAGAAACUAUGUUUGUAGAGUUUUAAACCACUUGUUAGUUAAUUACUUGAUCCUUAUAUGAUCAUAUGGUGGACUAUUGGUGCACUUAAUAAUUUCAUUUCAGUUUCCAAUUUUGUUUUGAAAAAAGGGAAGACCAUUAAGUUGGAUUAACAAUUUGACAAUAUGGAGGCAGGACACUUGACCUUUAGAAUUAUGAAGACAUUUCAAUUAUCACUAUUAUUUUACUAUACCAUUAGAUACAAAAGCAAUUUUAAUCCACCUGCACACAUUUUUAUAAACAAAUUCAAACAACCGUAGCUCACAAUGAAUAUAUAGAAGAAAAUAUUUCCCAAUGCCUUUAUCAUAUCAGUGUUGUUUGAAGAAGUAAUCACCUCGUACUAGCAAUCAUCUUCUACAAUAUAGAGAAAAAACAUAAACCUCUUCAAAAUAAAUGUCACCUACACAAUUGUGAAAUUAAUACUACUAUAAAAUAAGAAGAUGCAAAAAUGAUUCUCUGCUCCCAAUAAAGUCACUAAAUUAAUGUUCUCUAAGAAGUUUAGAUAGAGUUUUUGUUUCUUUUGCAAGUACUAGACAUAUUUCCAGAUUAUUGAUAUCGACAAGAUUGCUACUCUUAGAUAAUGAAGUAAAAAGUCUGAAAAUUAGGGACUCUUCCUUUCUCCUAAUCUGUAGCUUGUAGGUUUCUCAAAUGGGCAACUCAAUUUUUACAUUAUAAGAAAUUGAAAGAUGAGGUUUUAAAGAAUAAACUAGAUCUACUGGGUUUUAAAGAAUAAUCUCUAGCAGAUGAGGUUUCUCUAUCUCACUAUGUAAACUUUUAUACUUUCUAAUCAGAUUAUCUCUGUAGCUCUACAAAAAAAAUCGAAAACAAAACUGUGAAAAAACUAGGCACCUUUAACUUAAUCCACUAAUGAUUCACCCGGACAUCAAAUAUUUCAAGAUGCUAAUGUAAAAGAUUAAAUACCAGCAACUAGAGCUUUGAUGUGUGUUCUUCUUAGCUCCGUGAUACGUUUCUCUUGUUAUUUGAACAUCCAAACAAGCCGAUUUGAGGAGUUGGAUGAAGUUAGAUGAGUGAGCUUGGAAGAUUUAGCAAUCUGAGGUUGUUUUUGAUUUGGAAGAGUGAUAUGAGGUGACGACAAUGGUGUUUCACGAGUCUGAAAAAUGUGAAGGAAGAUAGAGUCGGUGAACCAAGAAGAUGAAAC